CUUAGCAGCAGCGUGUGUUCCUGUUACGUCAUGCAUGGGCGGCGGUGAUUGGAUUAGAACGCCACGCCCACACGCGCGGCACGCUUGCAGACUGAACGGAGGCGACAGCAGAGAUGAUGGAAGUUUGAUCCUGAAAGCUGUGAACUUGUUCAUAUGCGUGGCAUGAGCGGCGAAACGGAAAGAGAUCAAAGAGAUAUGAAAGAUUUUCGGACGACAGCCAAUGGUUGUUGUGGUGAUCUUUUGGAUGCAGAGGAGCAUGGGAUAGAUGACCAGGCUGAGCAGCGCUCCUGUCUUAUCUGCGGAGACCGCGCCACAGGACUGCAUUAUGGCAUCAUUUCCUGUGAGGGCUGCAAGGGCUUCUUCAAGCGCAGCAUCUGCAACAAGCGCGUCUACCGCUGCAGCCGCGACAAGAACUGCGAGAUGUCGCGCAAACAACGCAACCGCUGCCAGUACUGCCGGCUGCUCAAGUGCCUGCAGAUGGGAAUGAACCGCAAAGCGAUCAGAGAAGAUGGCAUGCCGGGAGGCAGGAACAAAAGCAUCGGGCCUGUACAGAUUUCCGAUGAGGAGAUCGAACGGAUUAUGUCCGGACAGGAGUUUAAGGAUGAAGCUAACAUGCCGGAACACACUUGGGGAAACAACGGCGACAGUGACCACAGUUCCCCUGGCAACGGUGUCUCCGAUGGGAAUCAGCCAUCGCCUGUAUCCACACUUUCAUCCAACCGCUCCAUGGAGCUGAAUGGCUACACCGCUGCUUUGAGGGAACAGUACAUUGGCAAUGCAAUGGCCCAGCACUACCAGUUCCUGCCUCACUUGUUUGGAUACACCGCACAGCCACGGAGUCUGUACCCCCAGAGCCAUACGCUCAUCAGCCAGCUGGUGGCAGCAGAGGAACUGGCCCCGCUGGGCACGCCCAUGCUCAUUGAGGACGGGUAUCGGGUCACUCAGGUGGAGCUGUUCGCUCUGUUGUGUCGGCUGGCAGAUGAACUCCUCUUCAGACAGAUCUCCUGGAUCAAGAAGCUUCCUUUCUUCUGCGAGCUGUCCAUCGAGGACUACACGCGGCUCCUGAGCGCCACCUGGCAGGAGCUCAUCCUGCUGGCCUGUCUGACGGUCUACAGCGCCCAGGUGCUCGGCGACCUCGCCAGCGUCACCGACAAAUACACGCCGUCAGACGAAGAGCUGCAGAGUUUCAGUGAGGAUGGGAUGGAGGUGAUGGAGAAGCUGAUCUAUCUGUUCCGUAAGUUCCAUCAGUUGAAGGUCAGCAAUGAGGAAUAUGCCUGCAUGAAGGCCAUCAACUUCCUCAACCAAGAUAUCCGUGGCCUGACCAAUGUGACCCAGCUGGAGCAGUUGAACAAACGUUACUGGUACGUUUGUCAGGAUUACACCGAGUACAAGUACCCUCACCAGCCCAAACGCUUUCCCGAGAUCAUGAUGUGUCUGCCAGAGAUCCGCUGCAUUGCAGGGAAGUUGGUCAACAUCCCUUUGGAGCAGCUCCCCCUGCUGUUUAAGGCAGUAUUGCACUCCUGUAAGUCAAGUCUGAGCAGCUACAGGACAGGCUCCUCCCCCUGUGUGACAAAGGGCACCGCCCCUGCCAACUAGCCCCGCCCCCGCCUCCCUCGAAAACACCCUCCCCAUCUAUUGCACGGGGGUGGGGUGUUAUAAUUGGGGGUGGGGCUCCCGGUACCCUCCUCCUCCUCCUCUCAUGAAUGUGAUAAGAAACUAUUUUAUGCAUUUUGUUUAGAUUAGUGUUGUUUUUUCUCUCUAUUUAUUACCAGACAGAGCUGAAUGUAUGUUGAUCCACACUGUGCACAUGCUCCUUUUCAAAUGAAAAUGCACAAAAAGCGCAGUGGAUUUCACACGCUUCAGUCCAACUGCGCGAUAUGUGACGUGUAACCACUGAUCGGAUUAGAUCUACUGCUUGGUUUUAUUUUAUACUUCGGGUGCUGAUAGGGACAGAUAAGUAUGAAAGGACUUGUUUUAUUGAAAGACUACCUCAGGAAGAAAACCUCUCGCGUACUCUCUCUCUCUGUUUUGCGACGCUCCGGGCCGCUCAGGAGUUAACGUCGACGCCGUGCCUCGAGUUUGAGGCCGUCUUGUCAUUUCUGCGGUCGUCAAACACGCGCUCGGUAGUCACGUAACCUCUUAACACGUGGUUUUAUCCUCCUGUGCAAGGCCGCGAUGGAGAGCGUGAUUGUUUACACAAAAGAGAGGUGUACGCGUAGGUUUCACAAUCAUAGGCUGAGGACGAAGUGAGGAUUUUACUUGACAACAGAAUGUGUUGUUAAUAUUGUUUAUGUUGAUUUCUUUCUUUCUUUUAUUGUUUUGACCAAAGUCUUAUGCAAAUUUGGAGGGAAGUAAGCCCUGCUCGGCUCACCCUUGUUGAAAAUACGAGAGACUUCUGGGGAGAAUAGCGGCGUCCAACAUCAACACUACAAAAAAACAAAACAAAAUGACUUUUUUAAUUAGUAUUUUUGUCUUAGAUCAAGAUGCAUGUACUUCAGAAGCAAAAUGACUGAAAAAUGUACUAAAAUGAAGUGUGUUUAAGCCUGAACGAAAGAAACAAUAUCUGUCAUUGGGGUCAGAAAAAUCAACUUCUUUUUGACCCCAUUGGCAGAUUUUUUUUCAU